AUGUCAUCAAUGGAUAUGGAUGUGCCAGCCCGUUCUGGGAGCUCUGGGACCGAGAUGGUUGGUAUCAGGCAAAUGGGACUUAGAGCUUGCGGUACUUGUGUAAAAGCAAAGGUUAAAUGCGUACCAAAUCCCCAAAAGGGGAAAUGCAAUAGAUGUCACCGUCUGAAUAAAAUCUGCCAACCAUCGUCUACACCGACGAAGAAGCGACCGACACAUGUUGCUCAUCUGGAGCGAAAACUUGAUACUCUUGUGGAACUCUUGAGCGGCCCGAAUCGUGAGGAACAGCGUUCGGGCUCUUCGUCGUCCCCGCCAAAAUCCCCCGCCGCACCUCAUCGACUUCGUAUCAUGUCACCUCCGUCCAAUAUCACCACAUCCACUGAAUCACCUAGAUUCUCUCCACAGAACUUCGUCUCGAAUAAUUCAUCAUCCCAUGUUGCGUAUGACAGUUAUGUUGCUCAACCACAAGUGUAUAACUUCGACUUUGAAAAUCGGGAAGCAUCGUUCCUGCUACUUGAGUACAGGACACAGCAAGCUAGUCAACUUCCGUUUGUUGUUAUUCCUCCAGAUGCGACGUCCGAGAGCCUUCGCCGAGAGCGACCUAUGUUAUGGAAGGCUAUCAUGACAGCUGCUUCGUAUCAAUAUCCACUACGGCAAGAAGCACUUGGGUGGAAAUUGAUGGAAGAAUUUGCUUCGAGGAUCAUGCUCAGGGCCGAGAAGAGUUUAGAUCUACUCCAAGCAUUACUAGUGCAUCUGACUUGGUAUCACUAUCACUCUGUUGCGAACCCCCAGGUACUCAAUCUUCUCUCACUUGCUAGGACCUUGGCAGUGAACCUUGGUUACCACAGGACGCACACUCCUAAAGGUCGCCCAAAAAUUUGGCUCGACGGACCGGACGGUGUCACCAAGCAGCAGUAUGAUCCAGAAGAAUCUGUAGUAACUUCAAGAACCUUAGAAGAAUGGAGAGCUCUUGCAGGCUGUUUCUUUCUGUCAGCCAUAACAACUUCGAGCUGCAGAAGGAAUGAGCCUGUUCAGUAUACUCAACACCUGGACCACAUUUGCAGAACUUUGACUGAGUUGCGAGAGUACGAGUCCGAUCUGCUCAUAUUCCCACUGAUAUCAGUCCAAAAUGUUGUGCUGAAAAUUAGCACGGCGUUCACUGACCCAAAUCUGGGACUGAGUACUGCCCCUGUGAAAAUGUUCAUCCAGUCACUGCAUACUGAGCUGCAAAAUAUCAGGCAAAAUAUGUCGUUGAAUGCUGCUGAAGACUUUACAUUCGUAGUUUGUUUCCAGAUGGCCGAAAUCUCUCUUUUCGAGGUCAGCCUGUAUCGUUCAUUUCACCUGGACUCUGACAAAGCAUAUCAUCUAAAUCUUUUGUACUCAUGCCUUACGGCCGUCAAAACAUUUUUCGAUAGUCACUUCUCCAACGGAUCUCCGUUUGCAACAAGCUUUGCCUACUUCCGAUGGAUAUUUGCGGGAUAUGUCCUUAUUCUUGGAGCAAAGCUCGCAGCCUAUAAAACUGAAGGCUGGGAUACCCGGCAUGUCCACGAAGUUCUCGACUGCGCAAACGCACUCGAUCGUGUCAUCGGCAAGUUUGAAGCUAUUCUACAACGCCGCACGCCUCACGGGGAGUAUGAAAUAUUUGAUCGAUAUGUGCAACAGAUGCGCCGCGUGAAGGCUCACGGAAAGCCGUCGUCGAGAUCACAGCCCCGAACACAAUCUGGGAAUCCUCUUUGCGAGGGUCGAGAGCCACAUCAAUCGCCACAAGCUGGCAGCCGACUUCACCAGACAAGUUUCGACCCCGAAAUGUCUCAGCUCAACUCAAAUCCUUUCACCAUUGAGCCUGACGAUAACUUCUGGCAAACCAUGUUCGAUGGGGAUGAUGACUGGUUUAUGACGCCUUAUUAA